AUGGACGCCUCCUCCCUCCGCAUCUCCAAGUUCGAUGGAACUAACUUCCACGCCUGGAAGUUCAAGAUGCAGAUGGUGCUGGAGGAACGGGACCUAUGGGAGGUCGUCAGCGGUGGGAUCAAGGCGGAACAGUGCGAGACUCAGUUGGACCAAGCGACGUACAAGAGGAAGUCAAGAAAGGCGAUGGCAGUGAUCUGUCUAGCCAUGGAAGAUUCCCAGCUACCGUUGGUCCGGUCGGCAAGUGGUGCAUGCGACGCAUGGUCGAGGUUGGAAGACCACUUCGAGAAGAAGAGUCUUGCCAACAAGCUGUUCUUGCGCCGUCGCUUCUUCACGACAAUGAUGGAAGAAGGCGACGAUGUGCUCGAACACAUCAACAAGCUCAAGACGCUGGCGGAACAGCUAGAAGCGGUGGGGGCUCCAGUCUGCAAGGACGAUCUGGUGAUCACACUCCUCGGCAGCCUGAGUGACUCGUAUCAAUUCUUGAUCACAGCUUUGGAGUCGCGCUCAGACACUCUUAGCUGGGAGCUCGUGACGUCUCGACUGCUUCAUGAAGAAAUGAAGCGGAAGGAGCAAGGAAGUAAAGGUGAUGAAGCUUCGCAAGGUCAAGCGUUCAUCACAAGGGACAAUCAGCGCAAAGGGCGACCAGUGAAGAAGUCCUGGCCGUGCCACAAUUGCGGAAAGAUUGGUCACUGGAUGGCGGAGUGCCCCUCGCGCAUCCAAGAAAACACGGAGAGACACCGGCCACAGCGUGCUCAAGACAGCGGCGACCGCUAUCGAUCACAACGUGCAAACGUCGCUCAAGAAGAAGACUCGGGCGACUACCUCUUUUCAAUCGGUGAAACGACAUCUGCGAAAUCGAGCGACAUCUGGCUGGUCGACUCCGGGGCGACGCAGCACAUGACGUGCUCCAAGAAGUUCAUGCGGAACUACAAGGGGUUUGACGCUGUGGAUGUCCAUCUCGCGGAUGAUGGAAUCGUCCAAGCAAUCGGCAGUGGGGACAUUGUCAUGUCGAUGAAGACACCCCAAGGGAUGAAGAAAGGUGUGCUCACAAACGUGUGGCACAUCCCAAAGUUAUCCAGAAACCUGUUCUCGGUCGGCCGCUUCACCAAGGACGUCGGCCCAGUGACGUUCACGAAGGAUGGGUGCUAUGGAGAAGCGAAAGGGACCAAGUGGAAAAUUGGUGCCCGUGAAGGUAAAGGACUGUUCAGGCUGCAAAUGACUCCAGUGGCGCCGGAACAAGCAAAUGCAGCCAAGUCGUCGGGAUGUCAAGGGGGCACCAAGUCGUACCUCUGGCACCUUCGGCUUGGCCACAUAGGUCACGAUGGACUCAAUUGGAUCGUGACGAAGAACAUUGGAAUUGGCAUCGACAUAUCUUCGGUGAAGAAGUGGGACGUGUGUGAAGGUUGUGCUCUGGGAAAACAGACUCGAGUGCGCUUCCAAUCAAACACUACAGCUCGCACCUCCAAACUCCUCGAAGUGAUUCACAGCGACGUAUGCGGACCGAUGUCGAUGGCAACUUUCAGUGGAAAACGGUACUUCGUGACAUUCAUUGAUGACAAGUCAAGAUACUGUGUCGUCUAUCUGCUCAAGAGCAAAUCUGAAGUUGCGGCGAAGUUCAUGGAAUACGCUGCGAUGGCCGAAACGCAAACCGGAAAGCGCGUGAAGUACCUUCAAAGCGACAAUGGGGGUGAAUACAAGUCCGACAAGCUGGCACGAUUCUGCGCGGAACGGGGAAUACAACAAAGGUUCACACCCCCAUAUACUCCUCAGCUAAACGGAGUAGCUGAGAGAAUGAAUCGCACGCUGGUCGAGUGUGCGCGUUGCAUGAUGGAACACGCUGGAGUGGGAAAGAGCUACUUGUUGAAAAGACAGCAGCUGUGA